AUGAAGGACCGGAGCCUCUUCCACCACCUCCACCACCUCCAUCUUCGGCCGCUGCCGAUGCUGCUGCUGCUGCUGCUCCUGCUGUGCCCUACUCUGCUCCUCCACUCUGCUGAGGCCGCGGCGGCGGCCGCCCCCUCCCCGCAUGCCUUCGCACCGGGCCUGCACCACCCUCAGCACAAAGUCCUUCACCUGGACUGGCCCAAAGACUGUGGCAUGGCCCACUUCAAGCCCAACACUGCAGAGCGCAUCGUAUCUGGCAACGAAGCAAGACCCCACUCAUGGCCAUGGCAGGUCUCACUGCAGGUGCGCCCCAGGGGUAGUAAACACUACAUCCAUGUUUGUGGAGGCACUCUGAUCCACAAGAACUGGGUCCUCACGGCCGCUCACUGCUUUCAGAAAGGUAAGGCAGAGGACCCCAGCAGCUGGCGAAUCGUGCUGGGCAAGCACCAGCUGAAGCGCUCGGAGACCGCUGAGCGCAUGUUCCCCGUCAAGCGCAUCUACCGACACGAGCACUUCCGCUACCCGGCGCACAGCGAGCUGGACUACGACAUCGCCCUGGUCAAGGCCGGCACCGAGAUCCAGCCCACCAACCACAUCCGCUACGCCUGCCUGCCGCGCAAGUUGCUCAACCUGAAACCGGGCCACUUCUGCUGGGUCACUGGCUGGGGCGACACCCGCGGUGGGAAGGAGAACGUGUCACUGGCUGAGUCGCUGAACCAGGCGCGACUGCCCAUCAUAGACUACAAGACGUGUCGUCAGAAGAAGUUCUGGGGUGACCGCGUGAGGGACUCCAUGAUCUGCGCUGGGUUCAGGGACACAGAGGGGCCCCCUGCUGCCUGCCAGGGUGACUCUGGGGGUCCUCUGCUGUGCCAGCAGGACCGCGACCGCUGGGAGGUGCACGGCGUGGUCAGCUUCGGCCCCAUCGGCUGCACCGUGGAGAACAAGCCCAGCGUCUUCACCCGCACCGCCGCCUACAUCCCCUGGAUCGAGGCCACGCGCAUCAGGGACUUCUUCCUGCAUUGA